AUGAACAAAAGGAAAAGAGAAGAUGAAGUAUCGCAUAUCGAUUCACAGCGGAAAGUAGAAGAUGAUGGUUGUGUGUGUAACAUACCACCAUGUCAUUUAAAUCCAAUUUUAUUUAAAGACUAUCUAGCUUAUGAGAGUCAUAUAACUACUAAUCAUACAUUUAUAUGUCAACAAUGUCAUCGACGAUUCCCAUCUAAUUCAAUUUUAACUUUACAUAUAGAUGAAAAUCAUAAUCCAUUUCUUAAGAUCAAACAAGAAAGAGGUGAUAAAGUCUUUCGUUGUAUAGAAAGUGAAUGCUCAAAAGUGUGUAGGACACCAAAGACAAGAAGACUACAUAUGAUUGAGAAACAUAAUUAUCCCAAGGAAUUUAGAUUUGAUGUUAUAAAUAGAGGUCUAUAG